UAGCAGCAGUAUUGUUCUGCGUCUUCAUGUGUUGUGUUGUGUUGUGUUGUAUGUGGGCUGGCUGAGUGACGCGCCGGUAGGAGUCGGACUGCGCGUUGCAAUAAAGAGGCAGAGACAACUGAGAGCGCAGAACAGUGGAGCGAAGAAGCGUCCCGACACCACAGCUACAGCAGCACACACACACACGCACACACACACACACACACACCGCCGUGCCUGUCCGAGCUCACACCGGAGGAAAGCCGCAGCAGCGGAGGAACAUGUUGCCCUGUCAUUAACUCAUCCACAGCGACAAAGCAGGCUGCUCAGCGGGCCUCGACAUCCAGAACCUUCUGAACCUUCCAGCCGCACAAGGCGAAUUUAGAAAACAUCUUUGAUUGAAGGCCUGCUGGAUUUUGUAGAGUAGCCAUGGGCAGCAAGACUCUGCCAGCACCAGUCCCCCUCCACCCAUCCCUCCAGCUGGCUAACUACUCCCUCCUCCAGAGUUCCACAGGCCUCCAACUACCAGCAGAUCAUUUUCACAGCAUCUACAGCUUCAGUGCCCUACAUGCCAUUCAUCUCCACCAGUGGACCCUCGGCUACCCGCCUUUAGCCCUACCCCGCUGCACCAUCUCCAAGCUGCCUGCUCAGUUCUCAUCCAUGGCCUCCAUCCCCAUUUUCCCUCACCUCCUGCAGCCCAAGCAGGACUCAGCGGGGCUGCUGCAGAGCUCCAAGAACAAGCCUCGCUUUGACUUUGCCAACCUGGCAGCAGCUGCCACCCAGGAGGAUCAUUUGAAGGCAGAGGACCUGAGCAUGACCGGUGGUGUUGCUGUUGCCCAGGCAUCAUCUCACCACCCGACGUCAGCCAGCCUGGGAUGUCUCCUGGAUGUGACCAAACUUUCUUCACCGGAGCGCAAGUCCAGCCGAGGCCGACUGCCCUCCAAGACCAAGAAAGAAUUUGUGUGCAAGUUCUGUGGUCGCCAUUUUACCAAAUCCUACAACCUUUUGAUCCAUGAGAGGACGCACACAGACGAAAGGCCAUAUACCUGUGAUAUCUGCCACAAAGCCUUCAGAAGACAGGACCACCUCCGGGACCACAGGUACAUUCAUUCCAAAGAAAAGCCCUUCAAAUGUCAGGAGUGUGGGAAGGGCUUCUGUCAGUCCAGGACUCUGGCUGUCCACAAAACAUUACACAUGCAGGUCAAGGAACUGAAGCCGGCCAAGAUCAAGUGAUUCACUCUGCCAGCAGGGAAGGGGACGGGGACACUGGAAAAACAAGACCAAAGACAACAACAGUCGAAGAGAAACCAAAGACUUUUUCAUCUCAGCUGUCGGAGGUUGAGCCCUCCGCUUCCAUGGGAAUACUUUUCAAGGAUGAAAUAUUUCACCAGCCGGUUCUUAAAGAAAAAAUACAGAAAUAAGCCUUAGCGGAGAAGUGUAUGCUUAGUUGUCAAAGCCUAAGACUUGGCCGAGAACCCAACGGACGUGUGGAAUGUGAAACAGACCUUAAGAAAAAAAAAAUCUUGUGGCUGCUCAGAAGCUUAUAAUCCAAAGGCCUUAUAAAAAGGGACAUCUCUCUUAUGCAAUUUUUUUUUUUUUUUUUUUACAAAACCUGAGAAUGAUCAAAGCCAUGUUAACAUAGACACAGCUUCCUCCUUUUCAAUAUCACAUUCCAAUGUUAUUUUUGUACAGAUACAUUAUAUCAAAAAUGUAUUUUUGCACUUUAACCUGAUUAUUGAUUAUUUACAUAUAUCACUGGAUUUCUUAAAGUUAUUUUCAAAAUGAAUAAUCAUUUCUAAAUAAAAUAUUUUACUGUAACAGG